GUCGGACACAAAAAACAAACGCAUUUUGUAAAACAACGAUGUGGUAAUAGCGCUCUCUAGUGGCAGGACUCGCUCAUCUGCCGGUCACAAACUCGAAAGGCGUCGUGGGAGUUGACGCAGCCUUUUGUCCUUUAUGUUCUAAAGCAGAAACACGCAGUACUUACAUUAGCGCAUCAUUCAUCAAAGCGUGUUGAGAGCAUAUGUCCACUAGAUGUCGCCAUAUAUCUACCGGGCCAGCAGCGGAUUAUUCUGUUAUCAGCAGACCUGGACCUGGACCUGGACCUGGACCUGGACCUGGACCUGGACCUGGACCUGGACCUCUUGGACUUCUGGAUAGGUUUGGAGCUGAGACCUUUUGGUGCAGGACGGGACGCCAUCUUGUGGUGGGGCAUCACACGUCAUCCAGUUGUAUCUUUAUAUUUAUUUUUAAUUACUUAAUAUUUUUCCUCCACUGCAGCGGCCGUUCAUCAUCUGCUGUGGCGGCUGCGUGUGUACGUGUGUACGUGUGUACGUGUGUACGUGUGCGUGUGUACGUGUGCGUGUGUACAUGCGUACGUGUGUUUUAGCAUGAGCGCGUGGGUUUUCAGGUCAAGGACGUAACGGGAGCGUCAUCAACAUAAACCCAUCCUUGUGACUCUUCUGGUUUGGUCUGCGUGCUGAUGCUGCCCUCUCAGCCAAUCACGUUAGUCGACGAGCAGCAGCGGGAGGAGGUGAGGAGAGGGAGGGGGAGGGGGAGGAGGAGAGAGGGUCGCAGCUCUGGAGCCGUGAAGGUGCAGCGGAUCACAUUCUCCGUGUUUGGAGCCGCGGCGUUCUCCUGACGCACGGCUCUGUCCUGGACUGGUGACUUGGUGCCGCCGCGGACACAGACCUUCUCCUCAGACCACAGACCAUUUCCAUCUAAUUGUUCUCCAUGAGAUUCUUCAGGCUCACCUUCAAGUGUUUCGUCGACUGCUUCUGAAUCCUCUGCUGUCAUCGGCGCUUCUGUGACAUUUCCACCGUGAGCUGUCUGAGCUGGACCGACGACCACCAUCGGAGGAAGACCAGAGAAAAACCAAAACCAAAACCAAAAACUCUAAUCUGCCGCUCUUCAGAUGAGGAUUGAGGAUCGAUACCAUCGUCGUUUGUCCCCCGAAGAAAACGAUCUGAAAUGAAUAAAUAAACUACAGACAGACGGAGACCGCGGUGCUGCCUUCAGGGACAGCCCCAGUUAAAUCCAGAUAAGAACUGGAAUCAGCCUCGGGCUCAGACUCAGUCUCUUUAACCACAGAGCCGUUUAUUUUUAUUUUAAUUUUGAUUUUUGAUUAGGGUUUGAUUUUUGUUCGGACUGAGUGACGACAUGUCCCCGGAGCUGGAGGAGAACCGUCGGGGUGAAGUCAGUCUCCCCCAACUGGAGGCCCUAUCAGAGGAGGAGAGCGCGGGCUCGGCUCGCCCUCUGGUGGCCGUGCCUGGAGUGGACCCGGGGUGUGGGGAUGGCGGAGGAGCCGCCCCCCCACAAAGCCAGGACGGGGCUGUGGCUGGAAGUGAAGUUGGAGUGACGAUCCCAGUGGUGGAGCGGGAGACCUGGACCAGACAGAUGGACUUCAUCAUGUCCUGCGUCGGCUUCGCCGUCGGAUUAGGGAACGUGUGGCGGUUCCCGUAUCUCUGCUACAAAAACGGAGGAGGAGUUUUCCUGAUCCCAUACUUGCUGAUCGUGUUCAUCGGCGGUAUUCCAGUCUUCUUCCUGGAGGUGGCGCUGGGACAGUUCAUGAAACAAGGAGGGGUAUCUGCCUGGAACAUCGCUCCACUUUUUAAAGGUCUGGGCCUGGCCUCCAUGGUGAUCGUGUUCUUCUGUAACACCUACUACAUCAUGAUUCUGGUCUGGGGUCUCUACUUUCUCUUCCACUCUUUCAGUAACCCACUGCCGUGGGCCAGCUGUGGACAUCCCUGGAACACCCCCAACUGCACGCAGGAUUUCCGGCGCGCCUGCCACAACCGCAGCGGAGCUCAGCCUGCUUCGCCUUCACCCGCUGCCCCCUCGUCCCACCUCCUCACCCCCAGUGUCCCGCCCAACCUUUCCUCCGCCCAGCUGCUCUUCAAUGGCAGCUGCCUGGAGGUGGAGGGCCUGCGCUCCCCCGUCAUUGAGUUCUGGGAACGUAAAGUUCUCCGUCUGUCUGGUGGACUCCAUGAACCUGGUGACAUCAGCUACGAGAUGGUUCUGUGCCUCAUGGCCACCUGGGUCAUCGUUUACUUCUGCAUGUGGAAAGGAGUCAAAUCCACUGGGAAGGUUGUGUACUUCACAGCUCUGUUCCCAUAUCUGGUCCUGGUGGUUCUUCUGGCCCAUGGUGUGACUUUACCUGGAGCAGUAGAUGGGAUUGUUUACUACCUGAAACCAGACUGGUCCAAACUGGGUGAAGCCCAGGUGUGGAUCGAUGCAGGCACUCAGAUCUUCUUCUCCUAUGCCAUUGGACUGGGCGCUCUGACUGCUCUGGGCAGCUACAACCGUUUCCAUAACAACUGUUACCAGGACGCCUUCGUCCUGGCUCUCAUCAACAGUGGAACCAGCUUCUUUGCAGGCUUCGUGGUCUUCUCUGUUCUGGGCUUCAUGGCAGCAGAGCAGGGAGUGGACAUCAGCAAGGUGGCAGAGAGCGGUCCAGGCUUGGCCUUCAUCGCUUACCCCAAGGCCGUGACUCUGAUGCCCCUGGCUCCCCUCUGGGCGGCGCUGUUCUUCUUCAUGCUGCUCAUUCUGGGCCUGGACAGCCAGUUUGUAGGAGUGGAGGGUUUGAUCACGGGAAUCAUGGACAUGAUUCCUGCUAAAUCAGUUCGCUCUCUGCGCCGAGAGGUGGUGGCAGCCAUCUGCUGCGUCAUCUGCUUCCUCAUCGACAUGUCCAUGGUCACAGAGGGGGGGAUGUAUGUCUUCCAGUUGUUCGACUACUACUCGGCCAGUGGCAUCACCCUCCUGUGGCAGGCCUUCUGGGAGUGUGUGGUGAUUGCAUGGGUUGACGGCGCUGAUCGCUUCAUGGACGACGUGGCUCGUAUGAUUGGCUACCAGCCCCUCCCUUACAUGAAGUGGUGCUGGUCCUACAUCACACCUAUAGUCUGUGUGGGAGUGUUCAUGUUCCACGUGGUGAACUACAAGCCCCUGACCUACAACACCGUCUACACCUACCCUCUGUGGGGCGAGGCCCUUGGCUGGGCCCUGGCUCUGUCCUCCAUGCUCUGUAUCCCCGUCACUGCCAUCUACAAACUACUGCGCUGCAAAGGAUCUUUGAGGGAGCGAUGGCAGCACCUAACUACCCCAGUCUGGGGCAGGCACCACCUGGAGUACCUGGCCCCAGAGAGUGAGGCCAAACUACUGCCCCCUGCUGAAACCAAGAGCAUGCUGCUGUUGGGUCGUGACAGACUCCCACCACACCGGUCGGUGACCUGGCCAAUCAGCGUGCUCUAUGACAUCCACGCGCUGCACGAGCCGGCCCGCCCGGGUGAUGUGGGAGCCUCUCCGGAGUCCCAGGAUUCUGAGGUUUUCUCAACUCACACUUCCUGCGGUGACAACAACCACUACUACAGGAACACACUGAUGGGGUCAUGA